UCGAGCCAAAAUUAUCCAAGUAGGAGAGAAAGGAACUCGUUUUACUGUUAUUCUUUGUGUUCAAAACCUAGCAGAGCAAGGAGAAAUUAAGGUUAGCUGUAAAAUAAUUAAGAACAUUAGAAAAAAGAACAAGAAAAAGAAUGAGGAAAAAGAGAAGAAAGGAACCAAUGCAGUAGAUUUACAUGAUUUCUUAUUGGGAAUCAAUUUUCCUAAUAACAGUUACAUUUUACUUGAUAAUGCCAAAAUCCAUCAUGCCAGCAAGUCUCUUAUAAAGGAAAAAAGACUUCCAAUUAAAGAACUAGCAGUCAAAAAGGGGAUCAUACUCAAGUAUUUACCUGCUCGUGCUCCGAUGAUACAACCAGCUGAACUUUUUAUCAACAAUAUUAAAGGCUUUAUCAAGAGUAAACUUAAAGAAUUUAUUGGAAGAAAGCAAUCUUGA